UGCGACCAUACAGUACAACGGGCGCCAGAAUUCGACAGUUCCUAGACGAGUGGCUCAUGUGCACGGAAGCUCUCUCAUUAAGGCUAAUUCUGUACAUCCACAUGGUGCAUUCGUCUCAGCGUUUAUGGUAGUGCUACCCUUGGCGCCUUUACUAGUUAUCUUUCAACUUUACUUGAGGGUUAUGUUUUUGAAAAAGGCGCCAAGGAAGGACGCCUCCCGCAAGAACAAGGAUGCCCACAGACACGCUAGCUCCUCUAAUCUCGGUAGCGAUUCCCUUCCGUCAGCCACAACCCAGCAGCGCUUUCUCGGAAAAGCUGACCAUGUAUCUGACCGAGAGGCAUGUCUUCUUUCGCUGGCACCACAGCGCUCGCCGUGGCGCAAGUCCGAAAGACACAGUAAUCCAGUUUGCACCCCAUGCAGCAUUUAUGAUGGCUAUUCAUGACAAGACUGCGGGAGAAGUGUUGCUGUCUUUCGAGUCUCCAGACGACCCCCAAAGUCGCAAGGAACUCACGAUUACAGCCUCCGAAGCCGAAGCCCAAGCUGCUAGGCGAUAUUUGUUCGCGAUUUGUGCGAGGUAAGUACUAGCUUGGAGCUUAAUUACUUUUGUUCCAGAAGUUGGAGGAGGCCUCUGUUGACGUUUAUGACUCUCUCAGCUUUAUAUUUAUUACUUUUCCCGAACCGGCGGCAUAAGGCCGUCCUCUGUCGUUGAUUGUUUUUUCCAUUUUUUUUGUUUUUUCACAACUUACUAAUUGGAACUAGGUUCAGUAAUCAUUCAUUGACGCCUUUCCAUCGAUAGAAUCCCAAAAGAGUAGCUCUCUUCGUAUUCUCAGGCAUUUCAAUUUUCUAAAAGCUGUCGCAGAAGAAACACGAAUUAGAAGUCAAAAACUUUUUUCCAAUGAUGAUCUUCAUCGUCGUCGUUUGUUAUCAUUAGAAUCGGCCAUCUCCAUUAGAAUCAGUAUCAUCUUUGUGAUUGCAGGUGCGUAGAGCGUUCCGCGCAUCCAUAUGUCCGAAAGUCGUUAUGUGUGUCCAGAUUGCUUAGAACUAAUAAAGUAUCUGUAGUAUGGUCGUGCUGGUGUAGUUUGUUGAAGUUGAUUUAUACUAGUACAGUGAGGACGGUUGUGUGCCUGUCUUAGCUGUUGAGUUGUAAAAAACAAACAUAUGAUACCUCACAAGGCCAAGCUGCUGAUGGAACCCUCAGAAAUUCGAAUAAGAGUCGCCCUCUGCUGUCCCCAAGCCGACAGCCCAUGGACAUCCAAAAAAGAACGACCCAGGCCCAAAAGCGCCCUCUUUCGACCGUAAUUGUCUCACUUGUUGCUGGCCGUGUAGUAGUUGGAAGAUAUUCAUUUUCAUGCUACG